AGGGUUGGAUCAGCAUGAUGUUUAGGCACGUAACAGCUUUUGCUUUAAUUAUCGUCAAAGACUACAAGGGACUACUUCUAAAUCUACAUUGUACUUACUUCUUUUGUGUUCAAGAAGUAGCCUGAAUUUCUACGUACAGCAGUAGAAGUAGAUUCGCUUUCACGCUUUUGCUAAGUUCGUCUCAUUUCUUGAGGGUUUUUCAAAGACUCCCUUGGCAGAUAGGAAGGCAAAAAUAUGUCGAUCGUUACCACCAGUACCAUCUCGUCUGCGUCAAGUUAUGAACUCCUGAAAGAGCAAUAUUCUCCAAGUACUUACGUCGUUGUUGAGUGCUUCUUUGGCCUUCAUUCAACAAGGAAUAUCCAUUAAAGAAUUUGGUUGCUCCUGUCUGCUUCUUCUAGUGUCUUCUUCUAAUUCUCCAGUCUCUUCGGCUCCUCUUCCUCUACUACCAACAGGCUUGUUGGCUCAGCAUCCUCUUCGACGAACAACGACACGACUCCUCCAGAGUACGUGGACCGCGAAUUUUCUGGCAGAGUGAAGUCCUACAGCGCUAAUCAGCGCUACGGCUUCAUAGAACGAGUUGACUUUAAGACUAGACCGCUAAAGGCCUCCGUUGCUCUGUGUCAGAUUUGCUUCAAACUUGACCAGGGAGGGGAAGGACCUAAAGUACAUGACCAUGACCAUCCUCAGCAUCAUCCCUGGCUUGUUUUCUACCGGUAGUGUAACUCUCCGUUCGAGGUACUACAUUAUUGGAUCGCCUCACAAGUAGACAAUGACAACUACAGUGGCUACAUAACUAAGAGGCGCCAUGACAUGACAUGACAUGACAUGACUGGAAUGCUCUCAGGGAUGGGAACGCGGUAGCUCUAAUAUUUCUGUCCCAGGCGAUGUCCGCUUUAAUCGGAGCGACUUGCCAGGGCAGCUCUAUCACGAAACGAGUCUACAAGGCCGUCAAUUACGGUUCAAGGUGCGGCGGAACGAGCAUGGGAAAUGGGCAGCCUUCGCUAUACAAGAUCCGAAAGGGACAGAUACGUACGGAAGCGUAGUCAAAAGCUGGAACGCGACAAAGGGUUUCGGAUUCAUCGAGUGUCCGGAGCAGUUGUCGGAAGAUGAUACGCUGUUGGAUUUUACUAGUGCUAGUGUUGUAAAAGUGUUGUUAAUGUGUACUUAGUUGGGUCGGCUGAAAUCAUCAUUACAAGAAAAGUCUUGAGCGCUUAGGCUUAAGAGUUUUUAGCAUGUUUUCACCUCUAUUUUUUGUUCCAGAAAUCCACGUACUAGAAGUAUCGACCACUUGGUUCUAAUUAUAGCGGCGGCAAAGAUAUUUUCCUCGGCUCCCGACACAUCGUGGAAGAAGGGCACAAGCAUGUCUCAGACCUCACUGGGCAACGAGUUCUCUUUUCUGUCGAGAAAGUACCGCAGGGACUUUCGGCAACCUUUGUCCGCUUCCCUCAACUCCCGGUCAUGCUGGUACCCAUUUCUACUUUUCUAGUCUCGUGCUUGUGCUGAUGUCUUCAAUGAGUAUCCUUAAUACGCGAUCGCAUGCCCUAAGCGUGGCGCUGAGAUUGGGAAGUUGGUGGCGGCGUCCGCGUUGCCAGAUACACCGCGCCGGCUUCGUCGGAGGCUCUGGCGCCGAUUGUGGAGGGGGCUGAGGGGUGGCGCUAUCGAGCGCUGGUUUUCACCGCGCCCGGCCUUCGGCGUUUUGGCGUGGUUUUGGUGGAGCGACCUCAAGUACCAAAACCACGGCACAGGGGCGGUGGGGUUGGUGAAGAUGCCGCCGCGCCCCUCUUGCGUCCGCUUUUUCGCGUCUGCACUUGGCCGCGCGGCACAUGGCCGCGAGCAAUGCACCCCGGCAGCCCCAGCGGCGGCGGGUUGAGGGCGCGGGGCGCUGCCUCACUUUGUCCCGGAGGGACGGGCGCGCGCCUUGGUGUUCGGUCUUGUCCCGAAGGCCCACGCCAUAGCGACGCAAGUUUGCCACCUGACUGCAAUAGCCAACGAGCAGGCCCACUCUCCAACAUUUUGCGGCCGCUGAGCGAAGGCGGUGCCCGGUCCGUUGGGAGUUAGUGUCUGCUAUGGUGGACCACUCGGAGAGAGACGCCUGCUGGCGACUCCUUGGCGGGGAGCGUUUGGCGGUAAAUGAAGUGGGCCCCUCUUAGAAAGGUGCCGCCCCCCGCCUCCAAACAUAAGAAAACCCCAUAGGCGACGACGAAGGGCAAGCUUUUACAAUAGGCGGCGACGAGUAGGGCCACUCUGCUGGCGGGUGAGUAGCGUGGGCCAACAUGAGACAGCGCGCGCCACUGGCGUGGUGGUCGUGAUUCGUUGCGAGCCCAAAACUGCGACUGCCCCCGAAGUUCUAAGAAAGAGGCGUAGCACCCAGUCACAAUCUGCGCAGGGUAUUGACCAGGGGGGCCAACUGCUGAAACCAGGCUCGGAAACCAUCGCGGCCGCCCACACUCUGGAACGGGUCGGAGGUCGGCCUUUCUUAUUAGCUCGGAGGGUGAGGGGUUGGGGGCAGGGUGCUGCGUGCACGGGCAUGGCGGUCUUGAUUUGUUGCAGGGCCAUCCACUUAGGCCAGCGCGAAGCCGUCGCCAUGCUUAUGGAAGUAAGCCCCGCGACCUAACUUUUUUCCCAAAUUUUAGCAAAUUUUGAGAAAUUUUGUCAAAACUCAGAAGAGGCCUUGGCAUCAUUUUGCCAAACUUUGACAAAAAUUGGCCACAAUUUGGCAAAAGGGAGCUUGAAAACCAAAACUCGACGAACUUGGAAGCCUGAAAAACUUGGAACCCUUGGCCAAGGGGCGACCCCUGGGCGGUUGUGCUUACUUGGGGCGCUUGGCUGCGGGGUCUGUCCCGCUGAUUAGACUCGCCGGACCGCGUCGACAAACUUGGAGCGUUUGGCCGUGGGAUCUGCCUGGCCAGAGUUGUCAGAUCGGUCGCGUCGCCUCUUUUGGAUUGCAAAGCCCAGCAAACUUGGGGCGGGUGCCUGGCUGGCGGGUCUGGUUUGAUAUUAUACAUAGGAGGCGGGUGGGGUUUGGGAGAUGCAGCGCCUGAGGAACGCGUCCGGGUACCCCAGCGGUGGAGCCAGGGUUGGCACUGGUAUCCACCGCUGGGCAUCGCUUUGAAAGUAUCCACUUGCGCAGCGGGUCGCGCCAAGAUUCGCCAUGGGGUAGACAUUUCGGGCCUUUGGCGUGCGCUCACUAAGUCCAACCACCGACGUAGACUGGGGCCUGUGUUGUCUCUUCACGAUAGCGGUCUACUUUUCGCGCUGUUCCUCUUUGAGGAGCGGCAAAAGCGCGCGAACCUCUUCCAGAAAGUUGCGGCUUGGCGUAUCAUGGUGCGAGCGCCGUGGAAUGUAGUAGCGGACGCGUUGAGGGUGGUCAUUCGCAAGGCUGACCCAGUGCCGCUCCCAGGCGUUGCGCCUAUGCUAUGAUCUAUCCCAGCUGUCGACCGGGAUGGCCUCGGGAUCGCUCCGCCAGGUGCGCAGGAGCAGGAGGGCGAAAAUGUUGCGGAGGAUGCUGACGAGAUCGGGAAAGCAAUGGCAGGCCCCUCAAUAAAAUGCAAGGCGGCGCCGGGCAUGGUGCUCGUUAAUUUGAACAGGCUAGCGCUGUACCCAGGAGCCCCCUGCUAAACAAGGGGAUGGAGCGGACAGGGAAGCAAGCGGAAGAGUGAACUGACGCAGAGCGCGAGCAGCAGGGGAAUUGUUUCGAAUUUUAACCCAGACCCAGAGCAGGGCGGUCAGCCUGUCUGGAGAGGGAGCCCGCGCCGACAGGCUGGGCGUGGUUAUGGCUGCGGUGGAACAGAGGGCCAAACUUGUAGAAACGGAAACGAGGCCGCAGCCACUUGCUGCUACUGCGUCGGAUAAAUUAAUAUGCCAAAGCGGUUGCCGCUCGCUGUGUCGCGGAUGCUGGUGGCGAGGGGGCUGCGGUGGUGCUUGGGGUUGGGUCUCAUGAGUCUCAUCACAUACAAGACACAGGCGCGGCAUCGAUGUCAUUCGGCGCGUUGCAAUCGGGAAGAGAUUCGCGGCACUGGCAGAGGGUGGGGACUAUAAGGCCAUGGCUUGGGCCGGACACUCUGCAGCUAAUGGGCAAACCAAGGCCACUAGAAGGGCACUAGCGUGCUUGCCUCUGGCUUAUCUAUGCCCAGAGUGUGCCACAGAUGAAGAAGCGCCCGCUUCUCUUGUGUGAAUCUGCGGCAUUUGGAGGAAGAGAAAGCGCGGCGGCGAGUUCUUCGGGUCUGUCAUUUAUUUUUACCAGCCGGAGCGCCAAGUAGCCGCGGCGUGCCGCGGUGUGUAUCAUGAUUGAAGUUCAUGCAUCGGCCUCAGCAAGUCGAAGACCGGAGAGGGCCGCGCGGGUAUCCGUCUCGUUUCUUUUGCCUCUCCGCCGGGUUUCUGUCUAUCUUCCACUCUUUUCAGCAGUGCUGGACCUUCUUGCCGGACGGCAUGGCUGGGGGCGGAUGCGCUUCGCACGUUGCUGCCAGAUUUAUGCGGGGGGCUGCGAUCGCGGUCGGACUCGGAUGAUUAUCUGGGCCAAAAGUUGCGCAGACCGACAGGGGGGUGAGCGUGGGAGAUUGCGUAAAGCGCGCGCUCAUCCUUGAAAGCGGGCCAGGCUUAGCCCCAUGCCUUAGGUGGAAAGGGUGAGGCUUCUCAGCUACAAACAUAGCGGAAGCGUUAUAGGCAGCCUUGGCAUUGGCGCGCUGGUAUGACUCUGCAAGGGCUCGCUUGACUCGGUGGGUGCGCUACUGACUUGACGAGGAUCAAAAACAAAACGGGCAGAAGACAAAUUGUGCCCAAAGGUGGGGGCUUCUGAAAUCUCACCAAAAAAGGGCGACAAUAUAUUAGGCAGGAGGCUGCUGUGUCGCGUUUUGCAUGGCUUGCGCGCUCUUUUAUGGUCCGCCUUUUAUCGCUAAAGCUAGCCAUAGCCGGUUCUUUGUUGUGUCGGAUAUUGUUUGUCUUAGAUGUCUUCAUCCUCCACCGCCAGUAAUUCACACAGCCUCUCCAUCAGGGCACCGCCGCAGGUGGGAUAGUCGUUUCUGAAAAUCAAGUGCCAGAGAAUAAGCGCAAACACGAGGAAGAAGCCAAGGCCUUAGACUUCCAGAAACGACGAAGAGGCAUGCUUCCGACAGGACGGCAGACAGGGUACUGAAGUUUGUUAGGCCAACAUUAGAAUGAAACAGAAUCAUAAACUUGAAGUUGAACUUUGCAAAAGAGGAAGACAGACAGUAAGUAGGACUAAUUUAGAUGAAGAAGAAGAGUUGAAACUUUAUUCUUGCAUGUGCAUCGACAUCAAACUAGAGGACUAAUUGAUUUACUUUAACUUCAAGUAGAAAAGAAACAAAUAGUUUCUACCACGACCACUACAGGACGAUCAGUUCGUUUGUGAAGGAGAAGUAUGGUUUCGUUAAGUGUUCGUUUUUGGAAGGGGAGCUGUACUUUCCUGCUGACGAGGGAGAAGAAGAGAAUUGGAGACCUGGCGACACCUGUACUUUCGAGGUCGGUUGUGACGAGAAAAGUGGGAAGCUAAAAGCGCUAGCAGUCAGACGCGGUGGUGCGCAAAAUGGAGGAGGUAGUAGUUCGGGAUCGGGUCUCGGAGCAGCUAGUGGGUCAUCAUCUUCUGCUUUCUCAACCAGUGGAGGUAGUAGAAAUGGAGGAAUAGGAAAUCUGAAGCCCUCUCCAUUUUCAACAUCGCAGGCGACCUCUGGAAUCAGAGUGGGUAGUAGUGCAGCCAGUAGUAGCGCAACAGGAACGAAGUUCAUGAAAACGUCUUCUAGUUCAGGAUUGGAUAGCACUACAAAGUCCCAGCACACUGCUGGAAAUAAAUCGAGUGUCGGAACCGGAAGCUCAAGCUCGUCAGGCGUGAUCGUCGGUCUUCGAAAAAUAAACGCGAAGAUAGGUGCCGGUGGAUCGAAUACCGAUCGAGAUGCAGGUGGCACAUCGAACGUCUUGAUGCUAAGUAGCAACUCCGCACCAGUAAGUGUGAAAAACCCUUCCAUCUUUGCUGCCUCAACAUCACAACAAAAGAGCAUAUUCACUACGACACAAAAUAAUAAUAUGUCUGGUACAACUACUGCAUCCUCUAUCUUUGGCAAGUCAUCUAGUACAACGACGACCCCUUCAAACCCGUUUCUGAGAACUACUGGUCGAUCUAGCAGUAUGGAUAGUACCCUUUUGGGAAAUCGUACACCUUUUGGCGCCAGACCGAAUGACGCGAAGACGGCAACCACUGGCGACGCUUAUUCUGAUUCACCCAAUCAACUACAUAGCAAUGGUAGUAUAACUUCAACUUCUCAACAGAUGAACUCGUCAAAUACCAAUUCUAGAGGACAACAACUACAACAAGCAUCAACAUCUACUUAUGGUCCUGCUUCAAAGAGUCUUUCUGCCUCUAGAGCAGAUCAUCAACCUGGCAGCUCUUCAAAUUCGAUCUAUGGUCCUUCCUAUGAAACUGCGAAGGAAGCAAUCAUGAAGUGUAGCUUGAAGGAACUGUCUGCACUCAAUGUCGUUUUGGCGAUGCAAAUCAGCGCAAAAUCGAGUGGGACGACAGCCGUCCAGCUGGAAGAUAGUUCGUUGUAGAUGUGUACAUCAUAGAAUAUGAUACUUUUUUUCAGUCUAGGGGAUACUUACGGAUAUGCGGGAGACUUUGAUGCGUAUACCGCUUUAUUUACUGUCCAACCCACAACUUUUGCACGACCUUACGCUUAG